UCAGAAGUGGUUGGGUUAUCGAACUGUCGGCUUCUAGUUCCGUCUCGUUGCUUGGCUCCUGAUAUAACUACGUAGUCAUUCCCCGCCUACCUGGCUCGGACUGAACACUUCUCCCCUCGGGCAGACAGUUGGUUUAAACAGCCACCGCAGCCAUUGAACAAGAGGCACCCUGCCAUCUCCUGCGCUUGUCGUGGAGCCUCGUGGUGUGACAAACCACCUGUUGGACUUGAAAGCAGUUCCAUUUGUGUUAGUGUUUUCCUGACGGAAGGUGUCCAAUUGCUCCUCCGGGUCUUCACCGCUAUCAGAGCCUGCAGUUUCUGUGAAGAACUUCCUGUAGUUCACCUACAAGCAUGACAGAUAAGGAGUUUGUCACUUCUAAAGAAAUCAUUUCAGGCGCCUCUGUCUCUGUGACUGAUCCUGGGAUCUGUGAAGAACUGAGCAAAUCUUUUCCCUGGACAAAUAAGAAAAGGAAGAGUUGGCUUUCAAGGCUGUGUAAGAAAAAAACAUCUUUGUCAGAAAAUGGAUGGAAUUCCUACUGCCUAUCUUCAUUAGCUGCCCGGAAUAUCUGUACUGGCAAACUGCAUAGCUCAUGGGAUCAUUUGGAAACUGCUUCCCUUUGUUGUUCCAUAUGUAGCACCUCUUCUUGUUCUCUCUUAAAUGCACUGACCUGGGGAGAAUCCAUUCAGGCACUGUCAAGUAGUAUCCGUAACCCAAACAAGGCCAUCUUCACUGUGGACAUUAGAACAACUGAGAUUCUAGUUGCAAAUGAUAAAGCCUGCAAGAUUCUUGGAUAUAGUACCCAAGAAAUGAUUGGGCGGAAAUUAACUGAAAUGAUUUCAAAAUCCAACUGGGAUAUUGUGGAAGCUCUGAAGGAAGGAUAUACUGAUAUUGAGGAACAUGGACCAGUAAUUCCAGGAACAGUGGUAGAUGUCAUUUCCCAAAAUAAUGAAAAGAUCCCUGUCACUAUAUGGACAAGAAAAAUUAAAGGCCAUUGCAAUCAGUACUGUGUUGUUGUUUUGGAACCUGUGGAAAGACUCUCUGCUUCAGUUUCCUUCAAAAGUAAUGGAGAGAUUACUUCUUGUGACCCCCUUUUUGCUCACCUUCAUGGAUAUUCAUCAUCAGAAGAUGUGAUUGGUCACUACAUAAAAGAUUUGAUACCUUCUAUCCAACUUCCUGCACCUGGGAAAAACAUUCCAAAGAAUAUCAAAAUUCAGAGAUCUGUUGGCCGAGCAAGGGAAGGAACAACAUUCCCUCUCAGCUUGAAACUCAAAGUAAAUCCCCUUGUUGACGAAGUUAUUUCAGUAUCAGGUGACCCUCCACCAGAUAUGGAUGUUGAAGCUUUGGAAAACAGCACUUCUUUACCAAUAGAUUGUUGCUUCUGUGCUACCAUCUGGGUGUUCACCACUAUCAGCGGAUUGGUAACCGUUCAGGCAGAUGGUACAAUUUAUGGAAUUAACAAUACGUUUUCCCUAAUGCUAUUUGGUUAUGAGAAGAAAGAACUAUUAGGCAAGAAUAUCACUUUCUUAAUUCCUGGAUUUUACAAGAACAUGGAUAAGACUGAUUCUUCUUUGCAACUUCCACAAUCUAGAGAAAGCUAUCUGAAUGCAGAAAACACGAAUUCCUCUGAAGGAAUGCAGAAAGAUGGAUAUGCUAUUGGGAAAGUCAUCAGCUCAUUCUUCAUUGAAGACAUGGAUUUGCCAGAUCUGAAGGAACAACAGGAAUUAGGGAGGAAUGGAGCUGAGCUCCCACCUAAAAGGGAAAUCCAGCUGGAAAGUUUGGGAAAUGUAUCCUGUGCUCUACUGUCUCCUGCAGUGGUACCUUCAUCCCUAAUUUGCGGAAACCACAUACCUAGCAAUACUGUGCUAGCUACUUAUGAAGCGAUAUCUUCUGAGAAUCUAUAUUAUGAAGAUGGUACUGAAAAAGAGACUGGAAAAUCUGCUAUUCAUCAGAUGAAUGAACUACAUUCUUUAAAACUGAAUCAUUCAGAAUCAAAUGUAUUAGAUGAUAGAAGUAAACUAAAUAAUUGCCUUUCCAGAAGUACUUAUGACCUAAUUCAGGAAGAAAAUGACAAUUUGAAUAUACACGAUUCUACUUCACCACAAGAUAUGAAGUACCAGCCUUCCACAAUAAGAAGAGAAAGGAAACAUUCUCUCCUGGGUAGUGAGACAUUUGAUAAUAAUUUAUUAAAAGCUGAAUUACAACUUGAGACAAAUGUGCCUUGUGAAGCUGUACAUGGAUCAUUUGGAACUCCAACAAUGGUUGAGCCAAAUGACGAUAUAGCAUCUAACCCAAGGCAAAGCCAUGAAGUUCCACCCAGAACUCUAAUGAAUAGAACCAACAGCUUAACAUUUGAGAAUAAUUCCUUAGAAAAUUCAACUAUUGAUUCUACAGUUUUUCUGCCUGCAAAAAAGAGCAAUAGUCUUCCUAUACAUGGAGGAUCAUCAAAACUUUAUGAUGCCUCUAUAAUUAUGGGAAGUGAGAAUGUGGGUAGUAACCAUUCUGUUUGCUGUGAACUGAUGAACCUGGGGAUUAAUGAAGAGGUGAGAUCUGAUUCAUGUGCUGCCUUUGGACCAAUAAAACUUUCCUUCUUAGAUGCGAAAGAUCUUGUCCAGUCCCUGGAUCAGACAAAUAAUAUUACAAGUGAUUCAUUGGAGUUUCGGUUGAGUGGUAUAUCUCCAUCGGCCAGUCAAAAGAACUUGUUUGUUAAUAAGCCUUCUGAGUACUUUGACAGUGAUUUCUCUAUACUUUGUACUUCAGAACUUGAAAAUGCUGUACCAGCUAUAAGGGAUGAUCUAGAAAUUAAUUCACUAAAAAGUAAUGUUGAGUCUCAAGAAGACUUCCUGACAUUAAACCAGCAGCAUAUGGCACAGGUAACAUCAACGCCUAUAAAGCUAGAAAAUGUGCUAUCUCCAACAACUGUUUCGAACACUGAAAUACUAGAAGGCAGCUAUACUGGUAACUGCUACCAUCGAGAUGGUUCGCGACUCAGCAUACUCUUUGAAGUGAAACGUGUGGAGCUGCAUGAUCCUGCUGCUCUUUUUUGUAUUUGGGUUAUGAGAGACCUUUUCCAAAGCCAGAAACAAGCAGCAGCAAAGACACAAUUACUUCUUUCUAGCUUGGCCAGUUCCUGCCAAACAUUAGAUGAAAUCUCAGCUGUUAAUUUGGCAGAAUUAAUCAAAACCACACCCUUAUUUGACAAUUCACGAAAAGCUGAAGAAUUAGAAAGACUGAAAGCUUGUGAGGGAUGCUAUGGAGAGAAAUAUGAUACUCUUACUUUUAUUGGAAAAGGAGCUUUCGGGUUUGUCUGGACAGGAAAAUGCAAAAUGGACGAGAAAGAGGUUGUAGUGAAAUUCAUUUGGAAAGGAAGGGUAUUAGACUAUUGCUGGGUAGAAGAUCCUGAGCUAGGGACAAUUACUCAGGAGAUUUCUAUUCUGAGGAAACUUGAACAUCCCAAUAUUAUCAAGGUGCUAGAUAUAUUUGAGAACCAACAGUUCUUUCAACUAGUGAUGGAGAAGCAUGGAACCGGUCUAGAUCUCUUCACAUUCAUCGAUAAUCAACCUAAUUUGGAUGAGCCUUUGGCAAGUUACAUAUUCCGGCAGCUCGUAUCUGCAGUGAACUAUCUUCGCUCUAGGAAUAUUCUUCACAGAGACAUAAAAGAUGAGAACAUCAUAAUUGCUGAAGAUUUCACAAUCAAGCUAAUAGACUUUGGCUCAGCUGCUUAUUUGGAACCUGGAAAAAUGUUCUAUACUUUUUGUGGGACAAUUGAGUAUUGCUCUCCAGAAGUGCUAUCAGGCAGUCCAUACUCAGGACCAGAACUGGAAAUGUGGUCACUAGGUAUCACCCUUUAUACCAUAGUCUUUGGAGAAAAUCCUUUUUGUGAGCUUGAAGAAACAAUUGAUGCUGUAUUGCGACCUCCUUACAAUGUGUCAGUUGAUCUGAUGAAUCUCCUGUCUGGGCUCUUGAAGCCUUUGCCACAGGAACGAAUCACUCUAGAAAUGGUCAUACGGGAUCCUUGGGUGUUCCAACCUGUAAACGUGAUAAACUAUGCAUGGGAGAAAGUAUUUGCUUGUGGCAAAACAGAAAACAACAGUUUUAAAAUUUCUCCCAUUGGCUGCAGUCAUGGUGGUAUCUGGGCAAUCCCAAGCCUGAACAGUGAGCAGAGUUUUAAUGAUGAGGUCAAUAAUCAUGAGCCAGCAAAUUCCCAGCUACUUGGAAUGAUCUCUUCUGCAGAACGAGAGCCAUCAACCUCUUCCCAAUGCCAGAAUCACUGAAAUCUUAACUUUGGACACAAUCUUACUCGUCUUGAGAACUAAAAAAAAAAAAAUACCACAAGGAUAUCAAUGUGAUGAACAUAAUGAAGCAGCAAAAUUACAAAUUCACUCUGCCUCCUGUGAGCGCGUCUGAUAUGAUUCUUUAAUUCCGACAUAUGGUUUAGUCUUCAUGGUGCCUGUCUACAUAACUAGUGUAAUUUUAGUCAUUAGAUAGCACAAAAUCGAGCUCUCAACUACAUAAUUUAAAUCUGUGUAUUUGAUUUUUCACCACUGACAUUAUAAAACUUUAUAAAAAAAUAUCAACAAAUAGAUCUUCAAUAUUUUGGGAACUAGACUAAACAGUAAAUUACCACAGUGAAUAGAACAGGCAACCACAUUCUGUAUUUCAUUUUGGUUAGUCUAUUUUCUAUUGGUAAGUAAUAGAAUUAAUUUAUUUAUGAUUGUUAAUCAUAACAAACUUUGCUUAGACUGCAGUAGAGGUAGCAUUCAUCUUAGAUUCUUUUAUAUUUUAAAGUUUCCUCAUACAUCAGGCUUUUUUGAAAGAAAGUAUAUAUUAGGACAUAAUUUGAGAUUUUGUUUAAGUAAAUUACUGACAGCUGUCCUGAUAAAAAUAAAAGUUAAGGAUGGCCAUAUAUUUUACCUCAUCUUUCAAAAUUUAGGUGAUACAUAACUAAAGGAUUAGCAGUAUUAAUUUAUAACACUCUAUUUUGGCUUUGUGGGUGGUCUUCAGAGAAAUCUUCACAAUAGAGUAAACAUUGCACAUGUUAAGUUUAAAUGCAAGAUCAAUAUUUUCUUAUAAAUAUCAAGACAAAACUUUUUAGUAUGUUAAUCAACAUCUACACUAAAGUGGGCAUUUAUUUUCCGACAAACAACAUUAGCCAGAAAUUUCUGACAGGUGAGUUUCACUUAAAAACCUUUAUUAUGCUGAAAGAAAUAGUCUCUAGAAAGUUCAAUUGAUUUGACCAAUUCAUCUUUUAAAAAUUUUUUAUGUAUAUAGUUGCUGUAGAUUAUAAAUUGGCAAUUUAAUUUUUUAUAAUUUUUUUAACUGUUUAGGAUCAAUAUCUUUUUUUCAGAUUAUUUUAGCACAGAAGAUAAUUGUUUCUCUUUAUUGAUUGUGUUGCUUGAUGGCUUGAUAGGUGAACAUUUGUAUUUGACUAAUUCUUCAACAAUGCAGCUAUCCUUAAUAUUAAUGCCAAUUUGAAUGUUAUUUACUAGGGUUCACUUUAGAGGUUGUUUCAGUGGAAUACAUUUUCAGUUCUAUUUUGGUUAUAUUAUUAGGUUAUGCCUUCCUUUCUUUCAUAGUAAAGAAAGCUAUUACCCAAUCUAUACAGAGAAAAAGAAGAAGCUAUUAAUCUAUACAGAAAAGAAAAUAUUUGGAAGAAUUCUAUUAAAAAUGUUUUUUUAUGUAUGUGCGUAGUAUAGAAAAAGACAUCAAUAUCUAGCAACAACUACUGUCAAAUCAAUCUAUUUAAUAUAUUAUGUCCCUUGAGGUCUACUGUUUCUCUAUUUUGGUGUGUAUUUCACAGUAGUGUGGGGAAAAUGCAGAAUUUUAGAUUGACACGAUUCCAUAUUAUCCAGUUUGUUAAAGAGAUGUAUAUACUAACAUUAUUACAAAAGGGUGCAAUUGAAAAUUAAUCCAAGGGAAGGCCUCACUAGAUAAUGUCCCACUUGGGCAUAAUACCUAGAUUUGUCAGAUAAAAUUAGACUAAAUCACAAGUAAGACUAGAAACUUGUAUAAAGGUGUUUUGAAACCGAUACCUGUUUCCUUUCAAAAACUGUUCCUGGCUACGUGCACAUGUAUUUUCAUGGAUAGUUGCUUGGUUGACAAUUCUAAUGGAAACAUUAGAAUGCACGCAUGCACAGAAAAUCUAAGAUAACCUUUAAAAUCUUAUGAACAUUCCAGACGAGCUGGAUGCUUUAAUGCUUCAAGAAAAACAGUGCUUUGUUUAGCUAAUGUACUUUGUGAAGCACCUCAUUCACUUGUUUUGCACAACCAUAAUAAUCGGAUAAAUCUUGUGUCUUGAAUUUUUGCCAUAAACUCUGUUUUAGACUAUGAGAACUUUUGAAUUAUAUUUGCUGUAAUUGUGUUAAAUCAUUUGCUGAAAUGAAUGAAAUACACAGUAUUUUAAUGUA